AGGCCGGGCAGGAAGGGCCGGGCGGCUCUCGGGGGCCGGCCUCCGAAUCCCCACUUAUCCUCCCUCUUUCCCCCUCUCGGGGCCGUCCCGAGCGGCUGGGCCAAUGGGCGCCGAGAGGAGGGGAGCGGGAAGCGGAGCGCGCUCGGCUCGGCCCUCCUACGGCGCCCGUGGCCGCCACGCCAACGCCAACGCCAACGCCAACGCCAAGUUUGCGCCGGUGGAGUUUGCGCCGGUGCGCGCCCGCCGGCCUGCCGCUCAGUCCCCGGCCGGCGAGGUGGCGGUGCAACGCUCGUACAGCCGCUGGAGAGCAGCCGGGCGGGAGGGCGCCGAGCAGGGCGGGGCGGGCCGGGGCCUCCCGAAGAUGCAGGAUGGCCGCAGAGCCGCCGCCGCCCAGCCUCUUCUACCGCACCACGGGCUCCACCUGUCUGCACCCGCUCAGCGAGCUCCUGGGCAUCCCGCUGGACCAGGUGAAUUUCGUGGCAUGCCAGCUUUUUGCGUUGUUUGCUGCUUUUUGGUUUCGCCUCUACCUAAGUCCUGGUAAAACAAGCCCAGAUGUCAGGCACGUGUUUGCUACCGUUUUUGGCAUCUAUUUUGUCAUCUUUUGUUUUGGCUGGUACUCUAUACAUCUGUUCGUGCUGGUGUUAAUGUGCUAUGCAAUCAUGGUCACUGCAAGUGUGUCUAAUAUUCACAGGUACUCCUUUUUUGUGGCAAUGGGAUACCUGACAAUAUGUCACAUCAGCCGAAUAUACAUCUUCCACUAUGGGAUUCUCACUACGGAUUUUUCUGGGCCCCUGAUGAUCGUCACUCAGAAGAUCACAACCUUGACUUUCCAAGUUCAUGAUGGAUUAGGUCGAAGAGCUGAAGACCUCUCUGCGGAACAACACAGGCUUGCCAUAAAGGCAAAACCCUCUUUUUUGCAAUAUGUAAGCUACCUUCUUAAUUUCAUGAGUGUAAUAGCUGGCCCGUGCAACAAUUUCAAGGACUACGUAGCCUUCAUCGAGGGAAGACAUACACAUAUGAAGUUGCUGGAAGUGAACCGGAAGCAAAAAGGUUUCCACAGCUUUCCAGAGCCUUCUCCCACUGGAGCUGUGAUACGCAAGUUAUGCAUCGCCUUGGUGUCUCUAUUUUUGUUUUUGACACUCACAAAGGCCUUCCCUGUCACCUGCCUUCUUAAUGACUGGUUUCUCUACAAAGCAAACUUUCUGACUCGACUCUGCUACUUAUAUAUUGUCAUGCAAGCCUCAAAACCCAAGUAUUACUUUGCGUGGACAUUAGCUGAUGCAGUGAAUAACGCAGCUGGCUUUGGGUUCAGUGGAGUGGAUAAGGAUGGAAAUUUCUGUUGGAAUCUGCUUUCUAACCUAAACAUCUGGAAAAUUGAGACUGCUACAAGUUUCAAAAUGUACUUACAAAACUGGAAUAUUCAGACAGCUACUUGGCUAAAGUGCGUGUGCUAUCAGCGGGUUCCAUGGUACCCCACGGUGCUCACCUUCAUCCUGUCUGCUUUGUGGCACGGUGUCUACCCUGGAUACUAUUUUACCUUCUUAACUGGAACCCUGGUCACAUUAGCAGCUAGAGCGGUGAGAAACAACUACAGGCAUUACUUCCUUUCUUCAAAAGCUGUCAAGGUUGCUUAUGAUGUGGUCACCUGGGCUGUCACUCAGCUGGCUGUGUCUUACACGGUUGCGCCCUUUGUUAUGUUGGCAGUGGAACCAACCAUCAAUUUAUACAAGUCCAUGUACUUUUAUUUACACAUCAUAAGUCUCCUGAUAAUACUAUUUCUGCCGAUCAAACCACAAGCUCAUGCUCAAAGACGGCCUCUGACUCUGAACUGUGUUGAGAAGAAGAAAGCAGAUUGAUACCUCCGAGAAGAGCUGAGCAAGGAGAGCUGAAGAACGUGCGGAAGCUGAGGUGGACGGGCUCAAGGAUGCUCCAGCCAUGUGGAGGCGAUGUUUACAUGCAUUUUGUUUUCUUUUUUUAAAAUGCAGGGAAGUAUUUUUAUAAAGCCUUUUUGUACAGAUAAAUCGGCCACGUCCAGUUUAUUUGUUUGAAUAUUUUAUGGGACAUUCAAGUGGGGUGGAGGAUGUGCUGGAGCUGCAGAGACAGUCCACUCCGGCCUGCAGGCUCCUUGCUUUUCUGGCAUGAUUCCAGCCACUGGAUGCUGGGACGCAGCCAUCAGCUCUAGAAGUUAGGAGGCGAUUGCUAAAAAGGCUUGUUAUUCAGGACUUACCCACAGGUGGCUGUUCCCUUGGGAAGCCACGAGCCCUUGGACUUAUGACAUAACUGGUUCGCAGACACAAUAAACCACCACCACCACCACCAACAACAAAAAAGUAGAAGAUGAUGAUUGUGGAGGAGAAGGAUCGUGGAGGAAGGUUUUCAGGGCACUGAAUUCUCCAUGAGCCUUGAGGACUAACCGUGAACACUUGAAUGGACUGAAAGUCAGGUGUGCCCUCAAAUAGGCAGCAAUUUUCUUUUUUCCGGAAUGUAACCCUAACCCCCUUUUUUCUGAACUCUGAGCCAAGAUUGGAAAUCAGAAAGUCUCCUGUACACGUGCACCAGGAGCCCAAGAGAGGGUACUGUUUCCAAACAUUUUCCAUUUCACAUGCGCCAUCUGCUUGCCCAGGAGUGGCCCUGGGAAGACACCUAGUGUUGACACCAUGAAAGGCAAUAGGAUGCUUUUUAAAGAAACAAUUUUUUGAAAGUAAUUUAAAGUUACAUAUUAGUAGAAGUUUGAGAUGUUUCUCUCUUUUCUCCCCUCAUUUCAUGGAGGUGUUGAUGAUCAUGGCCAUGACAUACACUGGGGCUGAUUUUCAUCUUUCUGUUUUCAUGGUUGAUUAGCUUUGUUUUAGUUGAAUCAUUGGAAAGCAGAAAUGGGAAGACAGUUUUCCAUCUUGGUUACGAAUGACACAGAGCUGUGGCUCCUUUCGGGGACGUCUGUUGGGCAAUAUUGUACGUGAGAGGAGGAAACGUGGCCUUGAGUGUUGACAAUAAUGACGAUAAUAAUAAAACGUGCUGCAGUGGUGUGCCCUCGAUUAAACGGCUUGGGAGGAGAAAAUUGAUUUGAUUUGGAUGGUAAAAAAGUUUCUUACUGAAUAAAUAAUAUGUUUCUAUACAA